AUGGACAACACAACAGAGCAGACUGCAAACUAUGAAUAUGAUUAUGACUUCGCUGUUACAGAUGCUCCAGGAUCUGCCAGCUCCCAGGUGCUCUACAUGUCCCACAUCUAUGUUCCUAUGCUGUACUUCAUAAUGUUCUUUGCUGGAUUCUCCGGGAACCUGUUUGUGCUCAUUGUCAUUGGUAACAGACACAAGAGGAGCAGGCGUCUGGUAGACACCUUCGUGCUGAACCUGGCUUUAGCAGAUCUGGUGUUUGUCUUCACUUUGCCCUUGUGGGCUGUCUCGGCCGGGCAGUUUGACCACUGGCCCUUCGGGAAUGUCAUGUGCAAAAUCAGCAGCUACAUCAUUGCCGUCAACCGCUUCUCCAACAUCUUCUUCCUCACGUGCAUGAGUGUGGACCGCUACCUGGCCGUGGUGCGCCUCAUGGACUCCCACUUUCUCCGGAGCAGCAAAUGUGUACACCUCACCUGUGGCAUGGUGUGGGGGAUAUCUCUGGUCUUGGGCACUCCAUCACUGGUCUACCGAAACUUGUAUAAACCUGAUGGUGAGGGCUUCUGCAUAGACAAUUUGGAGUCUUUCUUCUUCAGAGCUACGAUUUUGCUGACAGUCUUCCUCACCUUCAUGCUGCCUGUGCUGAUUAUCGUCCUGUGUUAUGGAUCCAUCCUGGUCAAAUUGCGCAGCCACUCCAUCACUGCUGGCAACCCUCGCGCAGAAGCCCGACGACGUCAUUCUCUAAAAAUUGUCUUCACCAUCAUCACAACCUUUCUGGUGUCCUGGUUGCCCUACAAUGUGUUCAAAACCAUCCAGGUGAUUUCCAAGAUGAGUGACGCCGAGCUAGACCACGACACCCACAUAUAUUUGGCUCGGGGGCUCAUCAUUUCCUCCUGCCUGGCCUUCGUCAACAGCUGUGUGAAUCCUGCAAUUUACCUGUUUCUGGACAAGCAUUUCAGACGGAGUGCGGCUGCAAUGUGCCUGAAUUGUCUGGGCCAUGGAGAUACGCAGCAGAGCUAUUUCUCCUCCAACUCCAUCUCAAACGGCACCUCAGAGAGCCUGGGAAGCACAACAAGCCGUGUCCGCCUCUUCUCCCUCUCCCAGAAAAACUGAAUUCUAAC